AUGAUCCCUAAUGUUAAUACAGGAGACAAAAUAGUUAUAUUAUACCAGGACUGUGAGUUUUUAAAAAGGAGAAGGCAGAUCACAGUUCACAGACACAGAGAUGGAAGAGGAAGCAAAGGGAGGUGUAAGAAUAUAUUGCUAGCAAAAUUCAAAGAAGGAACCUCAGAGAACCAGAUUGACCAACUGAUCCAAGGCCCUGCCAACCUAGUCAAUCUCAUUGACCCCAUGAAGACCUUCCACUGGGGAAAUGAAUUGAGCAUUGAGAAGCAGCUGGAAGGGUACACUCAUGUGUUUGAAACAACCUUUGAGAGUGUGGAGGGUGUUGCAGAGUACACAGCUCACCCUGCCCAUCUUGAUUUUGCAAACUUGUUCCUUCCCAAUUUAGAGCAAUUAUCUUUUAGCUCAACUGCAGACCAGCAAGUCAUCACCAAGAAAAACCCUAGUGAAAUACAAGUUAUGAUGAUGGAGCUGCUACCAGAUCCAAAAGAUCAAUCAUAGUAAACCAUUUUGUCAAUUUCUUUUCUUUAAUUUGGGGUUCUAUUUUCUUGGUAAUUAAAAGCGUUAACUGAUUGUAAUGUUGUUAA